AUGGCCUUCACAACAACCAAGCAGCAGCGACUCCGGCUCCGGCCGCCCCGCGGCAGCAGCGUCGUCCUCGCCGCGCCCACGCUCGUCCUCCUCCUCCUCAUCUUCCUCGCCGUCUUCGCGCAGCCUUCCAGCUGCAGGCCUCUGCCUGCCGACGACCACCGACACAACAACGGCGUCGUCAAGGCCGCCGCCGCCACCGACGUGAUACUGCUACCUCUACUACCCGCCGACGCCGAGACGACGACGAUGGUCGUCGCGGCACCGUCGUCCGGGCCCAGAGAGGACGAUGAGUAUCGGCGGCGGCAUGGGCUCGCCGGCGGCCGCCACCAGUGGCUGCUCAACAAGAAGCCCCGAGGGAAAGCGCCGCCCUCCGCCCCCAGCAAACGCACCAACUGA